CAGUACCCUCCCUUUCUCGCAUCUCAUUAAGUGAGUCCCGUUGUAGCUGUAACGUUAGGUGAAGCUGCCUCGCUCUGCCAUACUGAAGCAGGUGUCCAACAUGGCGAACACUGGCAGCAGCUCUCUCGCGACUAUUCUCUUUUUAUUCAUGCUUCAAGCGGCUCUUCAUAAAGGAGCUGCACAGUACCCAGUGGUGAGUCAGAACCUGGUGACAGACAAUGUGUCGGUGGUGGAGGGCGAGAUGGCGAUCAUCAGCUGUCGGGUGAAGAACAAUGACGACUCCGUUAUCCAGCUGCUCAACCCCAACCGACAGACAAUUUACUUCAGAGACAUGAGACCACUGAAAGACGCACGCUUUCAGCUGGUGAACUUCUCGGACAACGAGCUGCGGGUGUCACUGUCUAAUGUCUCGCUGUCAGACGAGGGUCGAUACGUUUGCCAGCUCUACACAGACCCCCCGCAGGAAGCCUAUGCUGACAUCACUGUGCUAAUUCCUCCAGGUAACCCCAUCAUCGAGGCCCGGGAUGAGGUCCUGAGCGAGGGCAAUGAGACAGAGAUGACCUGCACUGCCAUGAGCAGUAAGCCCGCUGCCACCAUCAGAUGGAUGAAGGGAGAUAAAGAGCUUCCAGGCAAGCCUAGAGUUGAGCUGACCUACGACAAGAUGUACACAGUAACCAGCCGGCUGACGUUCACAGUUAGUAAGGAGGAUGAUGGUGAACCUGUGGUUUGCAUCGUAGACCACCCUGCAGUCAAGGACUUUCAAGCACAGAAAUACCUGGAGGUGCAGUACAAACCGGAGGUGAAGAUCGUGGUAGAAUUUCCUCAGGGUCUGACCAGGGAAGGAGAGAACCUGGAACUGACGUGUCAGGCCAAAGGCAAACCUCAGCCACAGCGGGUGAACUGGGUGAAGGUGGAUGAUGAUGUGCCAUCCCAUGCUGUCAUCACCGGCGGUGAUCUUUACAUCGAAAACCUCAACAAGUCUUACAAUGGAACCUACCGCUGUGUGGCCUCCAACUCAGUGGGGGAGUCUUUCGACGACUACAUCCUCUACGUCUAUGAUGCUCCCACCACUACCCCUAUACCCACCACAGCCACCACCACCACCACCACCGUCACCACCAUCUCCUACGCUGAAGGCAAUCAAGAUACUGCGCCCAGCACUGAACCUGCAGCUCAUGACUCACGAGCUGGAGAAGGAGCACCCAGAACGGUGGACCACGCAGUGAUUGGAGGAGUCGUGGCCGUGGUCGUCUUUGCCAUGCUCUGUCUACUCAUCGUCUUGGGGCGCUACUUUGCAAGACACAAAGGUACCUACUUUACACACGAAGCCAAAGGAGCAGACGAUGCAGCAGACGCAGAUACAGCCAUCAUCAACGCAGAGGGUGGCCACACCAACUCAGAUGAAAAGAAAGAGUACUACAUCUAAUCAAAACAGGACCCCUCACUCUAGUGUCCUCUUUGGGACACAGAGCUGUUUUUGGGCCCAGGGGCACAGGGAGAGGGGGGUUUGAUGGAAGGAUUUUAGUUGGUUCAGGAUCACUUGUAGUGAGAGUAGAGGGGUCGAGGAGGAGAAGAGAGAUGGGAUUUUAAAGACAGGCCUGGUUUUAAGCCGUUGUUUAGUCUAGUCUGCAGAUGUAGAUGGAAUGUUUUGUGUGUAAAAAAAUAAAAAAAUCAAAAAAGGACAAAAAAUGGGAGGGUUCAGGUUUUGGUAAACUGAGAAGGGGAUGGGGGUGGGAAGGUGCGCCAGACGUUGCCAGAAAUCACUGUAGAGAGCUUCACCAUUCAACACCUCCCUAACUGCUGGUACGAAUUUUAUUUAGUUCAACCAUUUGCAGAAAAUUCUGUGCCUUGUUCUAUCCAUACUUUGGAUUUGUGUUGAUCCUCAUUUGCAUAACCUUGUUGCUCCCCUUUUCCUGUUUCAUCUUUUCCACUCAUAAUUAUCAAUGUGCUGUUGGCUUUUGUAUGAGGGUAAAAUUACACAGCCACUUUAUUCAUUUCCCUAAAUGUGUCUGCGCACACCUAUCCUCUCCUGCAUAACAAAAACUCUUUCCAGUAUACUGUGAUUUGUCUCAAGCCAUUACUUCCCUCUCUUCUUUCCCUGAAGUUUUGACAGCUCCAAAAAUGCAUGGAAUGCUUUCCAUAUCAUUGUACAAAAGACAUAAAUGAGAAAAAGGUUUGAUGUACUGUAUAUGCCCUCCCUGCCCCCUCCAGAACACAACCACAUUCAAAACAUAAUCAAGAAGAAGGCAGCAAAGGAUAAUAUUAAAUUAUUCUAUUGGGCAAAUUCAGUUAAUUAAUGUUUUGCAAACUUAGUUUGUUAAUCAGAGCAGAUAAACUACUUCCUCUCAAACAGUUACCUUUCUUAGUAUAGGGAAGUAGUACAUUAUUUUUCUUCACAGUGCUGCUAUUUCAUUAUUUUGCUUUCUUCCUCUGUUCAGUACUAUUUUUCUUCUCUUUGACUGAAUGGAAGCCCUGUUUUCCCACCAGCAUUUAUUGAGUUGUAAUUAUAAGAUUCAAUUGAUUUCCAUCUGUUCUCACUCUACUAUGUUUUUUCUUACAAAUGGGAAAGUAAGAAAAUACAAAUUGUUUAAAAAUGUUUUUUGGCAGACUCUCAGUCAAGAUGCCUCCAGUAAUAAAAGGCUGUUAAAUAAACAUUUGGGAUUAAUACUGGCCAACCAGCAGUCAAAAGAUGCUAGUGUACUGUACAUAAACUUACCGAAAAGAGAAGCAGCCUUAACCAAACUCCAAACUAAAACACAUUAAAAUGUAUUUUAGAAAUAUGUAAGCUGAACAAAACAUUUUAAAAAAGGGUCUUGGCAGUCCAGGUCCUCCCAUCUUAUCUCAUAUAUACACAAUCCAAUGUAAAUCAAGCCAAUGGAAUCACAGCUGUAUUGUACACUAAUCCUUACUAAGAAAUAUUUUUUACAACUUACUAGAAUUACAAUGGAGUACCUUUGUGGAUUUUAUUGUAUCAGAUUCAUUGUGAGUUUUGUCAAAAUGUAAAACAAGUAAAUGUUGGGGAAAGUAAAUGUCUUGUGAGAGACAGGCCAGCCUUUCCACUUCAUUCGCACCUUCUAAAUAUAUAUUUUGCUUUGAUGCAGCAGCUGAGUGCUUAAACAUUGGAACAUUUUUUGCAUGUAUGUACCUGCUAAAACCCAUUCUUUUUGCUUCUGUCUUGCUUUAUGUAUCACCUGCCAACACUGAAUGGAGUUCUGUUUUGCUGUACCAGCUAGGGAGCACUGAGGAAUGCCAAAAGUAAUUAAUUGUUUGUAACUGAACGUAAUACACAUGUUGUGCUCCGUGGUGUUAAUCCCAUGGGACGCAUUAAUUCCCUGGCUUCUUAACAUGGCAAUGAGGGUCUAUUCACGGCAAUGUUUGUCAUUAUUAUGUGUUCACACAGCAAGCAGUUCAUCUAAUGAGGCCAUACUCUAUGUAACAGCUGUGGGUGGAUGAAGGUGGAGGUGCAGUGUACACCGUCAAAGUUUUGAACAUGCAAAGCAUUGUUAUUUCAUGGAUUUGUGUGUUGUGAAAUCACAUCAUUUCGAACAUUUUAUCAACACAAAUGAUAGACUUAUCAACUCCCAACAGGCUGGCUGCAACCACUAAUCAAGUUUUUUUUUUUUGAGGCCCUUAUUCCUGUGGGGUUUUUUUUUUAUUAAAUUGAAAAGCUAGAAUCAAUUAGACAAAAAUACACCAGGUUAAAUCAGUAGAGAGAUUAAAAUUUAGAAAAUGUAUUUCACAUUAAUAACAGUGAUUUUUAUAAAUAUGAAACAUUCCAUAUCAAAAGUAGAUAGGUGUCAUAUAGCGUAUUGACACUGUUUGCAUUACAUAUUAUUGAGUAAAUAGGCAUAAGUAGCAUGUUUUAGCUAAGUCAGAAGAAUGAUGAGUCACUGUGAGUGUCCAAACCUGUAGUUUUAAGUUCUACAGGUAGAACUACUUUCAAAAAAUUUGCUGUUUUCAUGGUGACGUACCAUGAAGUUCUGUCUUACUUAAAAAAACAAACAAAUGUAGAAUGUGCCAAUUUCACAUCGUAAAGACCUGUGCAUGGCAUAAAGAAGUGCGCUGUAACUACAGAAAGCACACGCAAACACUAAAACAGACACUGAAAACUUGUUGUUUUACAAUGUUUAUUUUAGUUUCAACAUUCUGAAUAUGUGUGGCCAAUAGUAUUGGAUAUAUUGUUAUACACUCAUUAGUGUAAGCCCACUAAUUAUGAUUUCAGACAUCCCGCAGAAAUGUCUAUUGUGAAUUUCUGUAUUUUAUUGUGUUUUCUGUGUUACCAGCAUGUGCCUUUAUGCCUUGUAAGUGUUGUCAUGUUGGUGAAUGUGCUUUUUAAUUUGCUUGCAUUUUAGUUGUUGGAUGUGCAUUUCCUCUAAAUGCAACAUGUGAGUUGUCAGAGCGGUAAAGAUAUUUUCUUCAUUUGCCUGUGUUUUCUUAAGUUGCACUGUAUUGAGCACUGUACUUCACAGUAACCAGAGUCCUUUGGUUUUCCAUGAUGCUUAUAUCUGGAAUUAAAGGAUAUAUUUCAGCAUCAAUCAUAUCCAAUGAUAAAACUCUUUUACGAAAAUGUCACCAGAUCAGGACACUCUGGGAUAAUAAUGGGUUCUUUGGGACUUAAUGGCAUUGCUUGCUGUGUGGACUCGCAUAUCCAAGAUUCAAUACUUUUUUUGUCAUGUUAACCCAUUUGAUUGGAAUUGUCAAUGUGCAGCUCAUAUUGCAACACAUUAACAAUGUGAUAGCUUUAAUAUAUCAUAGUCAUGCAUGAAGACAGCAUUCAGUCUUUCUAUAUUGAGAUUUGGGUUUGGUGGUCGUCCAAUGGCAGUUGAGAAGGUUCUUGUGAAGUGCAUUACGCAAAUUUCACCUUCCUGAGCAUAACGCAUCUGUGCAUUUUUAAAGUCGUUAAAUAUUUUUUGUGCAGUUUUAGAAGACAGCAGGUGGCCUGUGUGGGAGCACUGGACAUGUUUUUAGCUGUUCCAUUGUAUGCGGCAGUUGUAGAUGGGGGCUGCAGGAGUGAUAUUGCAGACAAAGAUCAAAGAUGCUGUGUCCAACUCUCGCCAACUGUUUAUUCUUCUGUGAAAACUUGAUUUAAUUUAAAAGUUCUGUACUCACAAAGGAAUUUCCACUAAGUUAACACUGUAUGCUGAUGACACUGUUUUGUGUUUGUUACAUGGGUGGGCGGGGGUGGGGAAGGGUUCUGAUUAGUUUAGAUGUUUUACGGUCUGGUGUCUGAUAAAACUAUUAACUGACUUGUUAUCGUUGCUUUAUGAAUCACAGAGCAGAUGUCACUUCGUCUGUAAGACUGAGAUUGUGUGAUUUGUAUUUUACAGUGAGCACUAUUUCGCUUCAGUGACAUGUGGCAGCUUCCAUUAAAAUCAGACUUCAAAAUAUGUACUUGUCAAUAAAGGAAUAGAACUGAA